CUGCCGGGUUGCGUGAUGACGUCGCAAGUAUAUGAGCGCAGACGGCGGGAUCUCGCUCCCUUUUACCGCCAUCAGAGCGAAGUCUCUUUCUUCACGGGUCCGCCUCACUGCGCAGCGCUGUUUCCACAGUCCUGUCUCCGGCCACACAGCGAAGCAUCACUUGAGACUCUCCAAACAUGUCAGACAUUGACAAAUAACACUCUGUCUCCCCCCCACCCCCCACCUCCAAGCAGUAAAGACCAGACUGAGAUGGACCCGGCAGACAUGGAGGAUGUAGAGGAGGUGGAAGAGGAGGAGACCGGGGAAAAUGAAAACAGCAAAGCUCGUCAGCUCACAGUGCAGAUGAUGCAGAACCCACAGAUCCUAGCAGCUCUACAGGAGAGGCUGGACGGUCUGAACGGCUCCCCAUCAGGCUACAUGGAGAGUUUACCAAAGGUUGUGAAGAGACGCGUCAAUGCCCUCAAGAACCUCCAGGUCAAAUGCGCUCACAUCGAGGCCAAGUUCUAUGAAGAAGUUCACGAACUGGAGAGAAAAUAUGCGGCUCUGUACCAGCCUCUGUUUGACAAAAGAAGCGACAUAGUGAGAGCAGCAUAUGAGCCCACAGAUGAGGAGUGUGAAUGGAAAGCAGAUGAGGAGGAAGAGCUCACAGUAAGUAAGCAGGAAGAAAUGAAGGAAAAGGCCAAGCUGGAGGAGGAGAAGAAAGACGAGGAGAAGGAGGACCCCAAAGGCAUCCCAGAGUUCUGGCUAACAGUUUUCAAAAAUGUGGACCUGCUCAGUGAUAUGCUGCAGGAGCACGAUGAGCCCAUACUAACACAUUUACAAGACAUUAAAGUAAAGUUUUCUGACCCAGGACAACCAAUGAGCUUUACGUUAGAGUUCUACUUCGAGCCCAACGAGUUCUUCACAAACACAGUCCUGAUUAAAACCUACAAGAUGAGGUCUGAGCCCGAUGAGAGCGACCCCUUUUCCUUCGAUGGUCCAGAAAUCAUGUCUUGCACAGGCUGCACCAUUGACUGGACCAAAGGCAAAAACGUUACAUUGAAAACAAUCAAGAAGAAGCAGAAGCACAAGGGCCGCGGCACGGUGAGGACAGUCACCAAAACCGUCCCCAAUGACUCCUUUUUCAACUUCUUCAGCCCCCCUGAGGUUCCAGAAAAUGGAGAGUUGGACGAAGACUCCGAGGCUAUCCUGGCUGCUGACUUUGAAAUCGGCCACUUCAUCCGUGAGCGCAUCGUGCCACGGGCAAUUCUGUACUUCACAGGCGAGGCCAUUGAAGACGACGACGACGAGUAUGAUGAAGAAGGAGAGGAGGCAGAUGAUGAGGAGGGUGAAGAGGAAGCUGAUGAAGAGAACGAUCCCGAUUAUGAUCCCAAGGUUUAAGUGGUGACUGUAGAAAAAUAACCCUGUCCCGAAGGAUGCAGCCCCCCCAGCUGAGUGCAAGCAACAGUGAGGCCUUGUCUGGCUGCCAUGAGGAUCAACUGCACUGUAACUGCUUGUUAAACUUCUUCAAAAAAAGGAAAAACGGAUUAAAAUAGUUACUUAUCGCCUUAUAAUGUUUUGUAUUUUUCUUGGUAGGGAAUUUGAAAGCAAAGGUUUCCAGAUUUUUGUUACAAAUCUUCCCGGUGAUAAACUGGGAGCCGUCUGGCUCAGUUCACAUAGUAUUUUACUAGCCCUGUUUUUCCUGUUUUCCUCUCCUCUGUACAGUAAAGGAACAGGAGAACAACUCCGCAUGACCUUAUUCCUAAUUCGUUUGGGUUUCUGUGAUGUUUUUGUCGUUUUGCUCUUCGACAACGGCUGUGCUUCUGACCAAAGGAGUGGGUGGAUGGUUGUCCCAGGUUAAAUGUUCCUCUGAGGGGGAUUUUUUUUGGCACAUGAAAAAAAAAUCAUUGUAGCAUUCUCAGUCCCAGAGGUGAUUUGGGGGGGGGGUCUGCAUCCUUCCAGUUGGGAGCUCCUUGUGCUGGCUUGAAACAUUCCAGUAAGCAGAAUCAAACCCAAGAAGCCCCUUUAUCAAACAUUCCAGAGAAUUCCAGGGAAAGGUGGUUCAGGGACACCAAACGCUAACCUUCAGGCUCUCAUGUGCCCGCUGUCCUCACAUCUGUGCACAGCAGUGCUCCAGCAGCGUCCUUUCAUCUCUGCGCUGCCAUCACGUCCUCUGCUUUCUCCAGAGGUCAAAGUGGGGGGUGGGGGUUUGGAAUAGGAACUGCUUAAGUAAAUGUAGCACAGGAGUCUGGAGGAAAUGCUCAGAUUUUCAGAUAUCCCUUGAUUUUUCUCGCUGCUUCUGGUUGACCACCCAAUGGUGGUGGUACACUCUCACCCCUAUCUGGUUUAUCACUGUGACGGGAGGGCAGGUGUGAUAAUUGCCCCCCCCCCCCCCCCCCCCCCCCCCCCCCCCCCCAUCUGGGCCAAUGAUCGGUAGCCCUCCUCACCCUCGUUGUCCUUGAACCAAAAAUAGCAAUAUUACCCUCCCAGGUGGUGUGAGACAUGUUGGGGGCAGGUCGCCUCAUCCUCCGGGAGUAGGUUCUGUUCAGCUGUUGUCGAGGCAAAAUGCUAUGCUGCAAAAAUACUAAUGUACUCAAUGUUCGUGUAUGGUCAUGAAUAAAUUGGUAAAACGCGC